CCUCCUUCUGCCCAUUGGGAUUGGGCCGCAAAUCACAGUCCUCUCACCCAAGCCCCCGCCCGCCUUCACGCCUCCCACCCCCGCCGGCGAUCCCGAUCGCGUUGCCCAACUAGAGACUGAAGCCCUUAUCUCUCUUUCUCUCUCUGCUCAUUAUUGCGGGAGCUUUUCACAUUUUAGAUCGAAACCAGCAAAGAAUAAAAGGUUGGUGGAGCAGAACUCGUCAAAUUGCUUCUAUAUUCUUUAUUCAUGGCUGAAUCCCACCACUUUCAGCAUUCUUAGAUCGGUCUGCUUGCACCGAUCAAUCAACAGGUAUGCGACUAUUUCGGCAAGUUCCUCGCGCGAUUUCUGAACUAUAGAAUCGCAGCCUGCGUAGCCGUGAUUUUAUCUACAUUCUAUUCCCUGGAUCUCCUCCGGUAUAAAACCGAUUAACAGGAUCGGAAUACUGUAUUGAUUUGGAAGAAUAUGAAGGGAUUCGCGAUGCACGAGCGGCGUUGGGCGUCGGACUCUGUGCCGGGAGACAAGGUGAUGAGCGCCAGUUCAUCACCUGAAAGCUAUGCUAUGACGUCAAUAGAGGGCUCCGAGGAGUUCGUGGAGGUGACCCUCGACGUGCAGGAAGACGACACAAUCGUUCUACGAAGCAUCGAGCAAUUUCCUUCAUCGACCUGCUUCUUGGAUCAGGACACCACAUCGGAGAGUUUCCGAUCGAGCACUUCAAAAUCGCCGUCAGUGAUACGGAGCUCGUCGCACAAGCUGCGUCAGUUCUCUCACGAACUGAAAGCAGAAGCGAUGGCCAAAGCACGGCAGAUCUCGCAGGAGCUCCGAGCAGAGCUUAAGCGCUUUUCAUGGAGCCACGGCCACUUGGGGAGAUCGCCGGCCGACGGCGCCGCAGCUGCGAUCGAUUCCGCACUCGCCGCUCGCGCUGCGCGGAAGCAGAGAGCUCAGUUAAAUCGCACGCGUUCCGGAGCCCAAAAAGGUCUCCGAGGGCUCAGAUUCAUCAGCACCAAGACCGCUAACGGCGUCGAUGCGUCCAACGAAGUGCUGAGCAGAUUUGAUUCUCUAGCCCGCGACGGUUAUCUAAGCCGCUCAGAUUUCGCCCAAUGUAUCGGGAUGAAGGAUUCAAAGGAGUUCGCAUUGGAGCUGUUCGAUGCUCUCAGUCGGCGGCAGAGAUUAAAAUCGGAGAAGAUCAGCAAGGAGGAGCUCUCCGAGUUCUGGUCGCAGAUUACAAAUCAGAGUUUCGAUUCCCGCCUCCAGAUCUUCUUCGACAUGGUGGACAAAAACGAAGACGGACGUGUUACAGAGGAAGAAGUCAAGGAGUUAAUAAUGUUAAGUGCUUCAGCCAAUAAAUUAUCGAGGUUGAAGGAGCAGGCCGAAGAAUACGCGGCUCUGAUCAUGGAGGAAUUGGACCCUGAGAGACUGGGCUACAUUGAGCUAUGGCAGUUGGAGACACUGCUGCUUCAGAAGGACACAUACCUGAACUACAGCCAGGCGCUGAGCUACACAAGCCAGGCUUUAAGCCAGAACCUGGCCGGACUCAGAAAAAGGAGUCCCAUCCGUCACCUAAGCAACAAGCUUGGCUACUUCCUGGAAGAGAACUGGAAGCGCAUAUACGCACUAGCACUCUGGUCCGCGUUAAUGGCGGCCCUCUUCACCUGGAAAUUCGUGCAGUACCGCCAGCACUCCGCAUUCCAUGUGAUGGGCUACUGCCUCCCUACCGCCAAAGGUGCAGCCGAGACUCUCAAACUCAACAUGGCUCUCAUCCUCCUCCCCGUCUGCCGCAACACCAUCACCUAUCUCCGUUCCACCCGUCUCUCCCGCAUCAUCCCUUUCGACGACAACAUCAACUUCCACAAGACCAUUGCGGCGGCCAUUGUGGUGGGCGUGAUUCUCCACGCCGGCAACCACCUCAGCUGCGAUUUCCCCCAUCUGAUCUCGAGCUCGGAGGACGCAUAUCGUGAAAACUUGAGUCUUGAUUUCGGGGAGACGAAGCCUUCUUAUGGAGAACUGGUGCAGGGUGUAGAAGGUGUGACGGGUAUAAUAAUGGUGGUGUGUAUGACGGUGGCCUUCACUCUCGCCACCCGCUGGUUUCGUCGGAGCCUCGUGAAGCUGCCCCGUCCUUUCGACCGUCUCACCGGCUUCAACGCUUUCUGGUACUCCCACCAUCUCUUCGUCCUCGUCUACGCAUUGCUCAUUGUCCAUGGCCAGCACCUCUACUUCAUUCACCAUUGGUAUCUCAAAACGACUUGGAUGUAUCUGUGUGCUCCGCUGCUUCUAUACAUGGGUGAAAGGACUCUGAGAUUUCUGAGGUCUGGUUAUUAUUCCGUUCGAUUACUCAAGGUUGCUAUAUACCCUGGAAACGUUCUGGCUCUGCAAAUCUCAAAACCGCCUGGAUUUCGAUACAAGAGCGGGCAAUACAUGUUCGUGCAAUGCCCUGCUGUUUCCCCUUUAGAAUGGCAUCCUUUCUCCAUCACUUCAGCUCCGGGGGAUGAUUACCUCAGCAUUCAUAUUAGACAGCUGGGAGACUGGACCCGGGAGCUCAAACGGGUCUUCUCGGAGGCAUGCGAGCCUCCUGUAGCCGGUAAAAGCGGUCUCCUGAGAGCCGAUGAGACCACAAGGAGGAGCAUGCCCAAAUUAUUGAUAGACGGCCCCUACGGUGCUCCCGCACAGGAUUACAUGAAAUACGAUGUGCUUCUCCUUGUUGGACUUGGCAUCGGCGCAACCCCAUUCAUCAGCAUCUUAAAGGAUUUGCUCCACAACAUCGUUAAAAUUGAAGAACAAGAAAAUGCGAUCACAGACUAUGUACCACCACCAGACGGGCACAUCGACUUGGCGACAAUACUGAAAGCCACUCAAAGACCCAAAUGGACGCUCAAGACAACGAAUGCCUAUUUUUAUUGGGUUACCCGCGAACAGGGAUCCUUCGAUUGGUUCAAAGGCGUCAUGAACGAGGUCGCAGAGCUCGAUCAAAGGGGUGUUAUUGAGAUGCACAAUUAUCUCACUAGCGUUUACGAGGAUGGGGAUGCGCGGUCAGCACUUAUUGCCAUGGUGCAGGCUCUAAACCACGCUAAAAAUGGCGUAGACGUCGUCUCCGGAACCAGAGUGCGGACGCACUUUGCACGACCCAAUUGGAAGAAAGUGUUCUCGAGAAUAAGCUCCAAGCACACUUAUGCUAAAAUCGGGGUGUUUUACUGCGGGGCGCCGGUCUUAGCGCAGGAGCUGAGUAAGCUCUGCUACGAAUUCAACCAGAGAGGCGUGACCAAGUUCGAGUUCCACAAGGAGCACUUCUGACAAUAUAUCAUACACUGCUCGACCCGUACAUACUGAUUAUACGUUUAGGGUAAAUUAAUUGUAUAGCACAGAUUUUUUUUCUUUUUUUUUUUUUAAUUUUUGUAGUCAAUUUUGUAUUUUCCUUAAAUAUUUAUCAUUAUGAGAGUGAAAUGUAGAGAUAUAGAGAGAGAGUAGAGAUAGAUGGUUUGGUACGAGCAACCAUUUUUCUCUACGUUGUAUCUUAUGAUGUGAAUGGAAAACAGAAAAAAGAAAAGCUAGAGGAAAGAAAGGAGCAACGCUUGACCUCAAAGGAAGCAAAUCUUGGGCCACAUGUAUAAUAGGAUAUAAA